UUAGAAAAUUCUAAAGUAACUGACUGGACUUGAACACUGGUUAUAAAUUAUAUUGGAAAGAAGAAGAAUUUUUUAGGCAUCAGAUUCUAAAAUUCUCUUUCAGAGAUGGGAGUUUCCUAACCCACAACACCACAUAACAAGACAAUUUAUCCAAAGGUGUGUUCAAAGACAAGACUAAUUGACCAGUUACCAGUCCUCAGUCGUCUUAACAACUUCUGUUUCUUGGACGACAGGAUUUUCAUCCCCCAGUACCUUUGGAAAAUUCCAGGCCUUAGCUUUGCUUGGUUUCCAAGCUAAGACAAUUCAACGUUUGUCUGCUUCUUAUAGUGGUACAAAAUUUACUUUUUUUAUCUGUUACUUAACCAAACAUCUUGCUUCACCAUGCACUUUAUGCUCUGUGUGUGAGAGAGAUAAGUGGUGAAUUUGGACAAGCUCAUGAAGGUUCCAAUGGAGGAAAAACCAUUCCCUGCAUGGUCAUGGUCUGUUGAACAGUGUUUGAAAGAGUAUGGAGUGAAACUGGACAAAGGUCUGAGUACUCAUGAGGUUCAGAAGCGGCGCGAGAAGUAUGGUUGGAAUGAGUUAGCAAAGGAGAAAGGGAAGCCGUUGUGGGAACUAGUGUUGGAACAAUUUGAUGACAUGCUGGUUAAGAUACUUUUGGCUGCAGCCUUCUUAUCAUUUCUUUUGGCUUAUUUUCACGGAAGUGACUCUGGGAAGUCUGGAUUUGAUGCAUAUGUGGAGCCACUUGUGAUCAUUUUGAUUUUGGUCCUUAAUGCCAUUGUUGGAGUUUGGCAAGAGAACAAUGCUGAGAAGGCUCUUGAAGCCCUCAAAGAGUUGCAGAGCGAGUCUGGGAAAGUGUUAAGGGAUGGCUAUUUUGUGCCUGAUUUGCCUGCUAGAGAGCUUAUUCCUGGUGAUAUUGUGGAGUUGCAUGUUGGAGAUAAGGUCCCCGCUGAUAUGAGAGUUGCGGCUUUGAAAACCUCAACAUUGAGGGUUGAACAAAGUUCUUUAACUGGAGAAGCAAUGCCAGUUCUCAAGGGGACAAGUCCCGUUUUCUUGGAAGACUGUGAGUUGCAGGCUAAAGAAAACAUGGUAUUUGCAGGCACCACUGUUGUCAAUGGGAGUUGUGUGUGUAUCGUUAUCACCACAGGAAUGGACACUGAAAUUGGAAAGAUACAGAAGCAGAUACACGAGGCUUCUCAAGAGGACAGUGACACCCCUUUGAAGAAGAAGCUGGAUGAGUUUGGUAACAGGCUUACCACUGCGAUUGGUCUAGUUUGUCUCAUUGUUUGGGCUAUCAACUACAAGAAUUUCAUUUCUUGGGAUGUUGUGGAUGGAUGGCCCUCAAACGUAAAAUUUUCAUUCCAAAAGUGUACCUACUAUUUCAAAAUUGCCGUUGCCCUUGCAGUGGCUGCAAUCCCUGAAGGCCUUCCUGCUGUUAUCACAACUUGUUUAGCACUCGGUACACGGAAAAUGGCUCAAAAGAAUGCAAUUGUGAGAAAGCUUCCAAGUGUGGAAACUUUGGGAUGUACUACUGUGAUAUGCUCAGACAAAACUGGCACUUUGACAACAAAUCAGAUGGCUGUGACACAGUUCUUUACUUUGGGAGGGAAAACCACUGCUUCUCGACUCAUUAGUGUUGAAGGCACAACUUAUGAUCCCAAAGAUGGGGGAAUUGUUGAUUGGGGAUGCUACAACAUGGAUGCUAAUUUGCAAGUCAUGGCUGAAAUAUGUGCUGUUUGUAAUGAUGCUGGGAUUUACUUUGAUGGUCGCCUUUUUAGAGCCACAGGUUUGCCUACCGAAGCUGCUCUCAAAGUGUUGGUUGAAAAGAUGGGAGUUCCAGAUGUGAAGUCAAGGAGCAAAACUUGUGAUAAUGCACAACUUGCUGCAAGCAACUUGAUGGAUGUCAACACUGUGGUGAAGUUAGGAUGUUGUGAGUGGUGGAAUAAAAGAUCCAAAAGGGUAGCUACAUUGGAGUUUGAUCGCAUUCGGAAGUCAAUGAGUGUUAUUGUUCGUGAACCAAAUGGUCAAAAUCGGCUUCUUGUCAAGGGUGCUGUUGAGAGUUUACUGGAGCGUAGUUCACACGUCCAACUUGCUGAUGGAUCUCUGGUUCCAAUAGAUAACCAAUGUAGAGAACUACUUCUUCAAAGACUCCAGGAGAUGAGUUCGAAGGGAUUGCGUUGCUUGGGUUUUUCAUACAAAGAUGAAUUGGGAGAAUUUUCAGACUAUUAUGCUGAUACUCAUCCUGCUCACAAGAAGUUGCUUGAUCCAACUUACUAUUCAUCCAUUGAAAGUGAUCUAAUUUUUGUUGGCAUUGUUGGCUUAAGAGAUCCUCCUCGUGAGGAAGUUCACAAAGCAAUCGAGGAUUGUAAGGAAGCUGGCAUUAGAGUUAUGGUAAUAACUGGAGAUAAUAAGUCAACAGCAGAGGCUAUUUGUAGAGAAAUCAGAUUGUUCUCUGAAGAUGAGGAUCUCAAAGGGCAAAGUUUGACCGGUAAGGAAUUCAUCACUCUUCCUCGUUCAGAACAAGUUAAAAUAUUGUUGAGACCUGGAGGAAAGGUUUUCUCCCGAGCUGAACCUAGACACAAGCAAGAAAUUGUUAGACUACUGAAGGAAAUGGGGGAGAUCGUUGCAAUGACUGGAGAUGGUGUGAAUGAUGCACCUGCACUUAAGCUAGCCGACAUAGGGAUUGCCAUGGGCAUAGCUGGGACAGAGGUUGCAAAAGAAGCAUCAGAUAUGGUGCUUGCAGAUGACAAUUUUAGUACCAUAGUUUCAGCUGUAGCUGAGGGUCGUUCUAUUUAUAAUAACAUGAAGUCAUUUAUAAGGUACAUGAUAUCAUCCAAUGUUGGGGAAGUAAUAUCCAUAUUCUUGACAGCUGCAUUGGGGAUCCCAGAAUGCAUGAUACCAGUGCAACUUCUAUGGGUGAAUUUGGUUACUGAUGGUCCACCUGCAACAGCUCUUGGUUUUAACCCUGCUGAUGUUGAUAUCAUGCAGAAGCCACCUCGCAGAAGUGAUGAUGCAUUAAUAAGUUCUUGGGUUCUUUUCCGUUAUCUGGUAAUUGGUUCCUAUGUGGGACUAGCAACAGUUGGCAUUUUUGUUUUGUGGUACACUCAAGCAUCUUUUCUUGGAAUCAAUCUUGUGAGUGAUGGUCACACAAUUAUAGAAUUCUCCCAACUUCGAAACUGGGGGGAGUGUCCCUCAUGGUCUAAUUUCACUGUUGCUCCAUUUAAUGUUGGAGGAGGUCGCUUGAUCACCUUUUCAAAUCCUUGUGACUAUUUCUCAGUUGGCAAAGUAAAGGCCAUGACUCUCUCUCUCUCAGUCUUGGUGGCAAUUGAGAUGUUUAACUCUUUGAAUGCCCUCUCAGAAGAUAAUAGCUUGAGGAAACUACCACCUUGGAGGAACCCUUGGCUUUUGGUAGCCAUGUCAAUAUCAUUUGGACUCCAUUGCCUCAUACUCUACACCCCAUUCCUUGCAGAAGUGUUUGGAGUUAUUCCUCUUACUUUUAAUGAGUGGUUUAUGGUCCUUUUAAUAUCAGCACCUGUUAUUCUUAUUGAUGAGAUUCUGAAGUUAGUAGCGAGGAGUCAAAGGAGGUUGACAAAAGAGAAAAAGGCAUGAAGUCUUGGGUACAUGACCACUAUAGAAAGCAAUAAGACCAGAUGAAGAUUGGAUGAUAAAUGACGUGUCAAUCCAAAUUCUUUGAUACAUUUAUUUUUCUGACUUUAGGGAAAUUACAGUUUCAUUAGUUUCUGGUACGAAAUUUGUCACUAUUUAUGAUCAUUGCAGUAAAUAUAUUGUAUAAACAUUUUGUUCAA